AUGAAGUUCUGGCUAGGAAUUUCUUUGGCUCUUCUGGCCCUGGGCCAAAGCAAUGGAAGCAUUUUCGAGAGGACCUUCAAAAGGAUCCAUGAAGAGCCACCACUGCCAACUACUCAGAGCCGAGCGGAUGUAGUGCAGACCCUGUGGAUCGAACAGAAAUUGGAUCACUUCGAUGCGGCAGAGUCACGCACUUGGCAAAUGCGUUAUAUGCUGAACGAUGCUCUUUACACGUCUGGUGCACCUCUGUUUAUUUAUCUUGGAGGAGAAUGGGAGAUCUCCGCUGGCAGAAUAACUGGUGGCCAUAUUUACGACAUGGCCAAGGAGCACAAUGCUCUUUUGGCCUACACUGAGCACCGUUACUAUGGACAAAGCAAGCCCUUACCUGAUCUCUCCAAUGAAAACAUCAAGUAUCUGAGUGUGAACCAGUCCUUGGCCGAUCUGGCUCAUUUCAUCACCAGCAUCAAGCAAAGCCAUGAGGGUUUGUCCGAGUCCAAGGUCAUUAUUGUGGGUGGUUCCUACUCCGCCACAAUGGUCACCUGGUUCAAGAAGGUCUAUCCCGAUCUGGUGGCUGGAGGUUGGGCUUCCAGUGCUCCGCUCUUUGCCAAGGUUAAUUUUGUGGAGUACAAGGAAGUCACUGGCCAAUCCAUUGAACAAAUGGGUGGUUCCGACUGCUAUAAGCGCAUUGAGAACGGCAUUGCCGAGAUGGAGACCAUGAUAGCCACAAAGCGAGGUGCUGAGGUCAAGUCUCUUCUCAAGCUCUGCGAACCCUUCGAUGUGUAUAGCGAUCUGGAUGUGUGGACUUUGUUCAGCGAGGUCUCCGAUAUCUUUGCAGGCGUUGUACAGACUCAUAAUGCUGGCCAAAUCGAGGGGGUUUGCCAAAAGAUAAUGGCUGGAUCGAGCGAUCUUAUUGGUGUCGCCAGCUAUUUGUUGGAAGUGUUCGAGGAGAGCGGUGGCAAGUGCCAUGACCUUAGCUAUGACGCUAUAACGGCACUGCUUUUGGACACUACCUAUAAUGGCAAUAUCAUGCGCCAGUGGAUCUUCCAGACCUGCAAUGAGUACGGUUGGUAUCAGACCUCUGGUUCUAGAGCCCAGCCCUUUGGCACCAAGUUCCCUGUUACAUAUUACACCACCAUGUGUGCCGAUUUGUAUGGCUCUCAGUAUAGCAACGAGUUCAUAACCAACCAAGUGAGCACCACCAAUCAGUACUUUGGUGGAUUGACUCCUGGUGUGGAGAAUGUCUAUCUAACCCACGGUCAAUUGGAUCCCUGGAGGGCAAUGGGAAUCCAGGAUGCGGAUCAGGCCACCAUUAUUCCAGAAUAUGCCCAUUGCAAGGACUUCAAUUCGAUUAGCUCUAGUGACACCGCUGAGAUGAAAGCCUCCAAGGAACGCAUUGCUGAGCUGGUUCGCGAGUGGGUUAAAUAGUCGUAUUCAACGUCACACUAAAUGAAAAUUGUCAAUUUAAAAUUAAGUGGAAUUAAACAAAAUUCCAAACAUUUUUUAUAAUCGUAUCUAAUCAAGCUUAGAUAAGAUUACAAAUAAAAGAUAAUCUAUUAAUGA